ACACCAGUUAGGACAGAAAUGUGGUUAUAAUGUUGAAGUUAAAGAAUGAGGAAACAAGUUAAACCAUGACGAGCUUGAGGUUAUUUCUAAACGUUUUUCUAUGCCUUGGCUUAGCGGCAGGCAUUAAUGGCAAGAUUAUCAACUGCUACUUUGGUACUUGGGCCAAUUGGCGCCCCGGAAAUGGAAGAUUUACGCCAGAGAACAUUGAUGCGAAUCUUUGCACACAUUUGAGCUAUUCCUUCUUUGGCAUUACCGAUGCGGGAGCUUUUAAGCAGUUGGAUUCCUGGCUGGAUUUUGAAGUGGGUUUCAUUAGUCGCACCAUGGCUUUGAAAAAGACCAAUCCCAACUUAAAAGUUUUGGCUGUUGUUGGUGGAUGGAAUGAAGGUUCUGUGAAAUAUUCUCAAAUGGCCGCCGAUUCAAAUAAGCGAAAGAACUUCAUACAAACAACAUUGAAUUUCAUUCGUCAGUAUGGCUUUGAUGGUUUGGAUUUGGAUUGGGAGUAUCCAGUGCAGCGUGGUGGUUUAGCUGCGGAUAAACAAAACUUUGUAACCCUAUUAAAGGAAUUAAAAGAAGAACUGGGUCGGUAUAACUUGGAAUUGGGCAUUGCAGUAGGAGCAUCAGCCGAUACGGCUACUAUAUCCUAUGAUAUACCAAACAUUGCUAAACAUGUGGACUUCAUCAAUGUUAUGACAUACGACUUGCAACCACGCAAUAUUUUAGGAUUUAAUGCUCCCCUCAGAGGGCAAGGUGAACACAAUGUUGAAGCCUGUAUUAAUUACUGGCUACAAAAGGGUGUUCCAGCUUCAAAACUAAUACUGGGUUUGGCCUUCUAUGGUCGCUCUUACACAUUGUCAAAUAAUCAAAAUACUAUCCCUGGCUCAGCAAGUUCAGGUGCUGGAGCAGCAGGUCCAUUUACCCGUGAAAAUGGCUUCUUGGGUUACAAUGAAAUCUGCAGCAAUGCACCUACAUGGACCAAAGUUUUCGAUAAUGUGCACUCGGUACCCUACAUGUUCAGAGACAAUCAAUGGGUGGGCUAUGAUGAUGUUCAAAGUAUUAAUUUGAAAUUGGAUUUUAUGAAUUCGAAAAAUCUUGGAGGUGCCAUGUUAUGGUCCAUUGAGACCGAUGAUUUCCUAGGACAAUGUGGUGAGAAAUAUCCCCUUUUAAAGGCAAUCAACAAAAAAGUAGCCACAAAUACAGGCAACCCCACAACUACGACCCAACGUCCCCCCACUGUAAGUAGCACAACUUCCAAACCCACCGUAAAGCCGCCACCAUCAACGAACUGUGCCAAUGAUGGUUUCUAUGCUGAUCCUAAUGAUUGCAAUAAAUUUUAUAGAUGUGUGAAUGGCGUUCGAUAUGCGUUCACAUGUCCAGCGGGAUUACUUUUCGAUAAGAACUCAUCCAAUUGUCUUUGGCCCCAUGAGGCUAUAUGGAGUACUGUUUGCUCCAGCAGUUUUCAACUCAAAACAGAGAAGCAUAUAAAAGCUUGUUAUGUCACAAAUGGCUUUACAAUUGAAUUUUUUGAGCUAAGGCUUAACUCCUCUAUUUGUUCAGGAAAAAUGAUCAACUGCUAUUACGGUACAUGGGCUUAUUUUCGCCCAGGUGAUGGAAAAUUCGAACCAGAGAAUCUAGAUGCGAAACUCUGUACCCAUUUGAGCUAUGCUUUCUUCGGUAUUAGAGAUUCGGGAGAAUUUAUGUCAACGAAUCCCUAUGUGGACAUAGAUAACAAAAUGAUUAAACGCUCUAUGGAUUUGAAAAAUAUAAACCCUAAUUUAAAAGUUCUUGCUGUUGUUGGUGGAUGGCAAGAGGGUUCCAUCAAAUAUUCCCGAAUGGCUGCUGAUUCCCAAAAACGGAAGACUUUCAUACAGACAUCAGUGAAAUUUAUACAAGAUCAUCAUUUCGAUGGAUUGGAAUUGGAUUGGGAAUAUCCAGCACAACGUGGCGGUUCAGCAGCAGAUAAACAAAGCUUUGUAACAUUAUUAAAGGAACUGAAAGAGGAAUUAUCUCGUCUGAACUUGGAACUGGGCAUUGCUGUAGGAGCUUCGCAAUAUACUAUUGAAAAAUCCUAUGAUGUGGCAAAUAUUUCCAGAUAUGUUGACUUCAUCAAUGUUAUGACCUACGAUUUUCAUGACUUCACAGUUUUGAGUUUUAAUGCUCCUCUCUGGGGACAAGGUCAAGACAAUGUUGAUUAUUGUAUUAGGAAUUGGCUAAAUCAUGGUGUUCCUGCUUCAAAACUAAUUCUAGGUUUGGCUUUCUUUGGUCGCACUAUGGAAAUGAAGGAUAGCCAAAGAACUACGCCUGGCUCACCAUGUUCAAAUAGUGGAGACGAAGGUCCAUAUACUCGUUAAAGGGGCUACUUUGGCUAUAACGAAAUUUGCGCAUUUAGAUCCUCUUGGCCCAGAGUCUUUGAUAGUGAGCAUGGUGUACCCUAUAAGUUCAAAGGCAAUCAAUGGGUAGGCUAUGAUGACGAACAAAGCAUUAAUAUGAAAUUGGAUUAUCUGAAACAGUUGAAUCUUGGUGGCGCUAUGGUUUGGUCUAUUGAGACCGAUGAUUUUCGCGGAAUCUGUGGUGAAAAAUUUUCCCUUUUAAAUGCUGUCAAUAGAAAAUUGAUUGGCGGUGGCACCUUACCGACAACCAAGCCUGUAACCACCACCAAACGUCCCACCAUAACAACAAGUCGCACCGUCGCACCCACAGCAAUUCCACCAUUUUCCUCGGUUUGUAGCCAGGAUGGUUACUUUGGUAUUCCUAAUGACUGUUAUAAUUUUUAUCAGUGCGUCAGUGGUAAAAGAUAUGACCGCCCAUGUCCCGCAGGAUUAAAGUUUGAUAUAUCUUCGUUAACCUGUACUUGGCCAAAUCAAGUAGAGUGUUACCACUAG